CGUUUCAAACGCGGUUCGUUGGCUUUUAAUUAUGAAGGCGCACACAUGUGUUGUGAUCAUAUCCGCUUGCCAUACUGAAAUACUUGGCUUUUUGACUUCACCAAUGGCAACGGAAACUAACACAAAGCCGGAAGCAGGGUUUCGUUUCUCGCAGACUGGAAGAUGGACAUACUCAGAGACAAACUAGUUUUUAUCAACGAUAUUGACUCAUUCACGUCUAAAUGUAUUGCUAAGUGUCUUUCCAAACAUACCCUUGAAGCUGAUGGCUCGUCUGAAAAAGAGGGUCGGACAUUUAAAUCAAGCGACACUGGGUCACAAAAUUACAAGGUCGUCGGAACGAGUUCAGAUGUUUCAGAAGUUAUCAGACCCUAUGUCUUGAAAGCAUACAUUCGACCCAGUAGGGAAGACCUCCUAAAAAAACUGAUGGAAUGUGACAUCAUCAUCUACAACAUUACUGGGUAUCCUGAGCAGGUAGAUGAAGCCCACUGGGCAGUUACAGCUCUCUAUGAUAAUAAAACACAUUUUCAGCGACCAAAGUGUUUUAUCCUCAUCUCUACAGUGAUGACUUGGGCAUGCAGUGAGGCAAUCAGUUCUAAUGAGCUGGAGCUCCCAUUCACUGAUGAUGAUUUCAGAAGAAGAAAAGCUCAUCCAAACUUUCAAAAACACCUUGAACUGGAGAAAAUGGUUGGCAAAAUGGGCAAGAUGGACAGAGCAUUGUUUUCCACUUAUGUUGUGGUGUCGGGACUUCAGUAUGGAAUGGGAGAGCAGGUCUUCCAUCUCUUUUUCAAAAUCUCAUGGCUGGGACAAGAAAAUGAAACACCAGUCUUUGGAGAGGGCAAUAACAUUGUUCCCACGAUUCACGUCAGUGACCUUGCAAGUGUCAUUAAGAAAAUAAUUGAGCGUCAGCCCAAGCCCAAUUACUUGGUAGCCGUGGACUAUUCCAACAACACCAUGGAGGACAUUGUUAAGGCCAUUGCCUGCGCACUCGGAUUGGGAAAGAUCCAGAAGAAGCCAUUUGAAGAGGCCUUCCUCAAACAGGACUUGAGUAUCAUGGACAUUGAUUUAUUGCACGUCAACCUUUGCAUGGAGGGUGUCCAUCUCAAGGAGCUGUUCUCGAUCCACUGGUUGUGUGAGUUUGGUCUGGUGGAGAACAUCGAACUAGUGGUGGAAGAGUAUCGCCAGGUCAGGGGACUGCUGCCCAUCCGUAUGUGUGUUCUGGGUCCUCCCGCAGUGGGGAAAACUAGAGUGUCUCAACAAAUAUGUGACCACUACAUGCUCCAUCACAUCAGGCUGAAUGAUACAGUCUCUGAGACCAUCUUAAACCUGGAAUGUAUAGUGAGGAACACGCCUUCAGAGACAGAGAAUGAGGAGUCAGCAGCAGCAAUAGAAGCCCAGGAACUGCUGAAUAUUUUCAAGGAUAAUAUGGAACAAAAUGGAGGUUUUUUAGAUGAUCAGUUAUUGGUGAAGGUGAUGACGGACAAACUAACGUCUAACCCCUGCAAAAACCAGGGGUUUGUACUGGAUGGAUUUCCAAAGACAUAUGACCAAGCGAAAGAGCUUUUCCAUGUUGAUGAGCAUGAACCAGACGAGAAAGCUUCGUUGACCUCCCUUUGCAACAAGAAGAUAAUACCAGAGUUUGUUGUGUGGCUUGAUGCAUUAGAUUCCUAUCUGAAAGAUCGAGUGAUUAACAUCUCUGAGAAGUUGGUGCAGGAACACAAAUAUGAGCAAGAGCAUUUCCUGCAACUUUUGGCCAAAUACAGAGAGAAAAACAUGGAAGGAGAAAGUGUGGUCAAUUACUUUGAGGAAUUGGAUAUCAACCCAUUAUUAAUUGGGAUCAACAGUCUCAAUACACCUGGCAAUCCACUGCUAAUGCAUGCAAUCUGCGAAAGAGUUGGUAAACCCAGAAACUACGGCCAAAGCAACGACAAGAUACAGGAAGCGGGGAUUAAGCCAACAGAGACCGUUAACAAGGCAAAUAAGGAGCAGAGGGAGGUGGAGGAGGCCAGGCAGAGAUCUGCACAUUGGGAGAUGUGGACUCAGACUUUAGAGGAGAAGAGGCAAUGGGAAGUGCAGCAAUUGGAGGUUCUGUCGGUGCCAAUGAAAACCUACUUAACGCAGCACAUCAUCACCACUGUGUCUCAGGGCUUGAUUGCAUGUGGCUCAGUAUGGCCAGAUGAUCCAAUUGAUUUCUUGGCGGAGUAUUUGAUAAAGAACAACCCCUAACACGUUUUUGAAGCCGAUGUGCCCUGGUCUUCCACUGGCAACCUUUGUUGCAGUAACCGAGAACGUCCAGGAUUUACCUUAUACCUUUUUCAAAAAAUAUAUUUUUCAGAGGUUUCUUGAAAUUAUUUCAAUCAAAAGUACAUUUGAAUAAAACUGGAAUUUUAUUGCCAUUGACACAAAAUAGUUUUUAUUUGUAAGUGGCUCAAGAAGGUGUAAUUUGGACUGUAUACAGGAGUUUUUCGCAAAAUGAUAGCAAUACUGUCAGCAUGUCAACAUUGAGAAUACAUGCUUUGUCAAAUAGGGGUUG